AUGGAUGCUGUUUAUUCUACUACAGUUACCCCAAAUAGGAUUAUAGACUUACUCUAUGAGAAGAAAACCAUCUCUUUCCAAGCUUGUCUGACCCAGCUUUUUAUGGGACACUUAUUUGGUGGUUCUGCGAUUUUACUUCUGGUGGUCAUGGCCUAUGAUCGCUAUGUGGCUAUCUGCAAACCCCUGGGUUAUAUGAUGAUCAUGAACCAACGGUUGCGUGUUCUGCUGCUGCUGGUGACCUGGGUUGGAGGUUUUGUGCAUGCAGUACUUCACCUUCUCCUUGUUUACAACCUUCCUUUCUGUGGUCCCAAAGUCACUGACCACUUCUGUUGUGACAUGUACCCCUUAUUAAAACCUGCCUGCACUGAAACCUAUGUCAUUGGUCUCACCGUGAUCACCAGUGAUGGGGCAGUAUGUGUGGUCAUUUUUAUGCUGUCACUCGUCUCCUAUGGAGUCAUUCUUCAGUCCCUGAAGAACCUUAAUCAGGGAUGGAAGGGCAAAGCCUUAUCCAUGUGUGGCUCCCACAUCACUGUGGUAGUCAUCUUCUUGGUCCCUUUUAUUUUUCUGUAUGUGAAACCUCCUUCCACCUUACCCAUUGAUAAAUUCUUGGCUGUGUUUUGCAUUGUUUCACCCCUAUGUUGA